AUGGACUUUAACCCGAGUACGUUGACGAAGGAGGAGGAGACGGAGAUGAAGAAUAUGUUCAUAACUUAUGAUAUUGAUGCUAACGGUUCCCUGGAGCUGGAUGAGCUGCAGAAAAUGUUUGCUAGUUUCAAUGUUAUUGCUCUGAAAGAGGAUCUCAAGGCUUUUUUCGAAAAGGUUGACACAGACCAGGACGGCACGGUAGAUUUUGAUGAGCUGAUGCUGUACAUAGAGGAAAUAAUGGCAGAACAACCAAACUCAGAUGACAUUAUGGACGCUUUCAAUCUGAUUGAUGCGGACGGAAAUGGAGAGGUAUCUCAUGAGGAGGUAGCGGUUGCGAUGCAGAAAGCAGACGUUGGAAUUCUAACAAAAGACAUUAUUUAUCUGUUGGAGGAAGCAGACCUCAAUACUGACGGAAAAAUCAGCUUUUCGGAGUUUCGGAGCCUCAUAUACGGACUAUGA